AUGGCGGACGCGGCGGUUGAGCCCGAGGUUGUGGGCGGUGCUCUCCAGACGGCCAAGGACCUCUUUUCUGGCGCCGCGGGCGGUGUUGCCCAGGUCUUGCUCGGCCAACCCUUCGACAUCGUAAAAGUCCGCCUCCAAACCUCAACAACCCCGACAACGGCCCUCAACGCCGCAACCCAAAUCUACAAAAACGAAGGCGCCCUCGCCUUCUACAAGGGAACCCUCACCCCGCUCCUCGGCAUCGGCGCCUGCGUCUCCAUCCAGUUCGCAGGCUUCCACCAGGCCCGCCGCUUCUUCGAGUCCCGCAACGGCUCCACGGGUCCCCUCUCCUACGCCCAGUACUACGCCUCGGGCGCCUUCGCCGGCGUCGCAAACUCGGUGAUCUCAGGUCCCAUCGAGCACGUCCGCAUCAGGCUGCAAACCCAACCCCACGGCGCCGCCCGGCUCUACUCCGGCCCCCUGGACUGCGUCCGCAAACUCGCCUCCCACGGCGGUGCGUUGAACAACGGCCUCUACCGCGGCGAAGCCGUCACGAUCCUCCGCGAGGCGCAGGCCUACGGCGUGUGGUUCCUGGCGUUCGAGUGGAUGAUGAACGCCGACGCGCGGCGCAACAACAUGGACCGCAAGGACAUUGCGCCUUACAAGAUUGCUUUCUACGGCGGUCUUGCCGGCGAGGCGCUCUGGCUGAGCAGUUAUCCCUUCGACGUGAUCAAGAGCAAGAUGCAGACGGACGGGUUCGGCAAGGAGCAGCGGUACAAGUCGAUGAGGGACUGCUUCGCGCAGACGUACCGCGGCGAGGGGCUUCGCGGGUUCUGGAGGGGUAUUGUGCCGACGCUGUUGAGGGCUAUGCCUGUCAGUGCUGGCACGUUUGCCACGGUCGAGUUGACCAUGCGUGCUAUUAGCUGA